AUGUCGUUCAAAGAAGUACGUGAUUUGAGUGAGCAACUCAAGUUGGUGGGCUUUCCACGAGUACUUCCGCUUCAAGCGCUCGCCACUCAACAUGGUAGCCUAGCUAGCUUUCAUAUUGUGGCCGAGUUAAUACAAUGGGUCUCUGGGCUGCUGGAGCCGGGCGUUAUUCUGGCCGGUAACGUGGAAACGGAGGAACAGCGUGUGCUGCUCAUACGCGCAGCUACUGAAUUCUUUGUGAUAAAGGCAGCCAUAAAGCUUAAUCCGCGUAAACUCUAUGCCGCAGCGGCUGUUAGUUGCACCGAGUUACAGAAGAUAACAAGCCUACUCAUUACGCCUACUCACAUAGAGGAAGAUGCCGAGAAUAGAGAUGAGCAACGUGAGCAAGAUUGCCGUCUCUAUCAAGUAGACAUUGGCGACAAAAUGGAUGCGUUGCGUCGAGCGCGCGACCUAUGCUCGGAUUUAACACAGCGCGGUGCUGGUCUUUUCGAUCUGCUAUCUAAGGAGCUGAUCAACAAGUCAGUGCGUGUCGCGCAGGUGCAACGCCCUAUGGAACUAGUCAGCGUGGAGCGCACUUUGAAGAACGCUAUCCAGACCAGCCAUCUGAAGCUGCAGUCCAGGCGUGCCCAACUAGAGAAUGCCCGUGUGGAGCUUAAUGCGCUCAGCUCUAAACUUCUGCGCAAGCGAGCUGAGCUGGAGAGAACCAAGCAGCGACUAGAGGCACUUCAAAAAAUUCGGCCCGCCCACAUGUCAGAGUUUGAGGAGUGCGAGAAGGAGCUGCAGCAACUAUUUCAGCGCUACUUUCUACGACUUCAUUUACGUGAUGCGCUUCGUACUCUCCAGAAAGCACGCACCAAGCGACGUGACACACCCAUUUCAUCGCCAAUGCUUCAGAAGCCGACAGAGAGCUCGAUGUCAUUUAUACCAGAAAGCCUUAUGGAAGACGAUGACGAUGAAGACGAAGAUGGUGCUGGUGAGCAUAUAGGCAACGGACUGUCACGCGAGGCGGCCUUCGGACUGGAUUCAGAAAUAUCCGACAUACGCGACGAGGAUUUAAUGCUACAGAAUACCACAGUAGACAGAAGUGUCCCUCUCGGUUCGGUUGUAGGCUCGACGGCACCCAAUAAAAGGCCCGGGACGGCCACCUCUCGCAAGCGUCCCACCACUGGUCAUAGUCGUCAAGCGGCAGCCAUAGUAUGUGUAGCUACCUCAAGCGGAGCGCGACCCAGACGCAACGGACGAGAUGGACCAAGUAGCAGCAUGCUCAAUCGCUUAGGACAUCACGACAGCAGCUUUGGCAGUUCCGAUAGUGAACUCAACGUGGACAUGGGCUCUGGCAAAGGCGAUGAUGAUUUUGAUCUUAACUCUAUUGAUGAUAUUAGCAUAUCAAAGCUCACGGGCGAGCUGCCACUGCGCCCGAAAACGGCGGUCAAACCGGAGCACAAUAGCGAUGAGGAUUUUUAGCGAAACGAGCUGAUGUACAGAAUUAUGGACCAUAAAUGAAUAAUGAAUGUAC